UCAUUAUUUGCGGAAGUUAUUAAACUGCUAGCAACACUGUGGGUUUGAGCUACAUCUUUAGGAUAAAUUGUCACGAUGUCCGCUGUUAAAAUUCACAGGAGACCUUUUAGGUGAUGUUUGUAGUAGAAAUGGGUCCACUUCAUGUUGAGAAGUGUCCUAAAAUGGCUUUGCUUUAAUCCACGUGGAUUUCGCGUGUCUGCCUGCCUUUCUGUACAUGUACACACAUUUGCAACCAUUUCUUAUAGCUUAUAUUCUAUACCCUCGAGUUAGCGGUCGCUUGGCUACUUUUUAUAUUGGCCCCAUGAGACGUAGCGAGGACACGGAGCAGCAGGUCAGGGAGUCAGAGGUCGACAUGAACCCGCCGAAGCGGCUACGCACCACGGAAACACUGACAGGAGGCAAAGAGCGGGAGGUGGAGAAGAGCACUGUGGAUGUGAGUAUUGUCAUGCCAGUGUAUAAUGCAUCAUGCUGGCUGGAUGAAUGUCUGCAGGCCAUAUUGGUCCAAGAUUUCUCUGGAUCCAUGGAGCUGUCGGUGUUUGAUGACGCAAGCACCGAUGACUCGAAAAAAGUGGUGGAAGGUUGGAGGGAGAGGCUAGAGGCAAAGGGCAUCUCAGUGGUGAUCUCUGGUCACAACUCUGAACAACCUAAAGGAGUGGGAUAUGCAAAGAAUAAGGCCAUAUGUCAGAGUCGUGGGCAAUACUUGUGCUUUCAGGAUGCGGAUGACAUUAUGUUGCCCCAAAGAAUUCGUCUGCAGUAUGAGGCGUCCGUCUUGCACAAAAACACUCUGAUUGGCUGCAGAGUCCAGCGGGUACCGGAAGGAUCUACAGAGCGUUACACUCGCUGGAUCAACACACUCAGUCAGGACCAGCUCAUCACACAGGUGUACACCUCCCAUGGGCCCAGUGUUGUCAUGCCAACAUGGUUCUGCUCACGGGAAUGGUAUCAGAAAGUUGGGCCGUUUAAUGAGGGAGGCAAGGGAGUCCCAGAGGAUCUUCUCUUUUUUUACCAGAGUCUUCGUCAUGGUGGGGGUCUGUUCCGGGUUGACCAGUGCCUGCUGAUAUAUCGUUAUCAUGAGAAAGCAGCCACUCACUCCGUAACUGAAGAGACUAUUUGGAAGCUGCGAGUAGACUUCCUGCAGGAGAGAGUUCUCAGCCAAUGGGAGAGCUUCACCAUAUGGAACGCUGGUAAACAAGGCCGAAAGCUGUACCGAUCGCUUAACCCAGCCAAUCAGAAGAAAGUCAAGGCUUUCUGUGAUGUGGAUGAGAACAAGAUCCAGAAAGGCUUCUAUACAUACGAGGAGUCCAAGGAAAGGCCUAAGCCAAAGAUUCAAGUUCUGCAUUACAAAAACGCCUCCGCUCCUUUCAUCAUCUGUGUCAAACUGGACAUGACUGGAGGCAACCUGGAGGAAAAUCUAAAUUCUUUGCAGCUAAAGGAAGGAAUAGAUUAUUACCACUUCAACUGACUGUUCAGGGAGAUGGGGAAGACUGGAGGAGGCUUGCAGGUUAACAGGCAGUGGAAUGCAGAGGAAUACGUCACUUUCACAUAUAUGCAAACUGAGAAGUAGGCAGGUCAUAACAGGAAAAGAGUGAACACUGGAAAUAAGUGCACAUUUACAAAGAUGAGGGUAGGAGAUGGCUGUCGUGUAUUUUAAGUCUUAAAAUGGGUUAAAUGCCAUUUUUUGUAGUUUCACUUUGAUAUAUCGGCUAAUAAAGUCACAACAGGAUAUCCCAGCUCUGACUUUUUCUGACCCUCUCCUUAAGCAUAGCACAAAGGUUUGUAAGGCUAAUUCCACAUUUCUUGCUGAGUGAUGAGUAAUGGUUGAUACCAGACUCGUAUAUUACAAAAAAGAAAAUAUAAAACCAAGUGAAAUUUAACAUAGCUUAAUUUAACAACAAUUACAGCCUAACACCUUUGAGUCUCCUCAUCUUUAAUACAUACAAAAAUGAACAUAACAGGUCAAAUGGAAACAAAACAAUUUAGUGUCUUACAAAGGUGGGGACAGAUUUACUAAACAGGCCAAGGUGUGGUUAUUUUAUUGAUUUACAAAAAAAGGCACUAAGUUCAUUUCAAUAUCAAGCGCAAAAAAUAAGACCUGAUUUUUUUCAGAAUUAAAUAGCUGUGGAAUUAGCAGCUACUGACAUGUCGUAAACAUUACUAAAAUAGUUUGGAUGCUUGAUUUAAAUAUUCUCCUCCCUUUAUUUUGCGCCUUGAGAAAGGAACUCCCUGAAAUAUGCAUGCAACAGGUUUAGCUGUGAUAAUACACUAAGCUAAGCUGACUGACUGCUGACACGUUUAUUAUUAUUUUAAAUUAAAAAGCGUGUGUAUUUCCCAAAAUGUUAAACUGACACUUUUAAAAGCAAAAAGUAACGAUGAACUGAACCACAGCUGAAAGAGGCAGCACAAGGGAAGAUAUGAAAUGAUAGAAACAAAUGUGAAGUUCUGAAACCCUUGUACUUUACAGAUGACUGUUCUAUAUCAUGCAAGAGGACAUUGCCAGUGUUCAUUACUGAAGGAAUAAAAUAUCACACAGUCUGUGUGAAGCCAGUUCGAUAAUUGCCAACCUGUAUUCUUGAACUUGUAACUGAAGUUAAAGGGAAGUGCAGUCAUGACAGAAAGUACAAUUUAUAAAGGGUGGGAUGUUUUAUGACUACAUUUCUUAACAAUUGUUCCCUGAUGCAACUGUGUAAAAUCAGAUGCACGCACACAUCUGCAAAGAAUGUGCAAACACAGAUUCAGCUCACAUUUGUUUCUCUUUCCCUGGGUCUCUUAUGAAAUCUAAAGAACAAUAACCUCUUUAAGAGGGCACAAUUUUGAUACGUAAACACAUAAAAAAAACAUUUAUGUUACCUCACAGAGUGAGGAGUUUUUCUGCCCAAAGGUAAACAGACCUAUCCACACAAAAUAUCCCCCAAUGUUUGCUGGUUUGGCGUCGCGGUUUGCAUUACUGUAAAUUUGGCCACAACAGUUUAAAAGGCAGCGAUGGUUAAAAAAAACGGUCGUCAUCCCUACCAAAGUUUUAUUUUCGCUACCUUUGUUAUCAUAGGCACAAAGUGACACAUAAUCACUGCACCACAUUAGUAGGUAGGAUUGGAUUUAGUGUUGGAUAAAUAGCAGGAGUGAGUCAGGUUUGAGGUGAAAGCCCCUUGCCUCUGCCACCCACACCGCACAGUGCUUUGUUUGGGCAGAGAAAAAAAGAUUCACAUCCACUUAGCCACUAGCUUCUAUCUACACCCCCUCUUCCCUCUCUCCUUUAAACUCAAAAACUUAAAGGAACAGUACAACCAAAAUCAGAUUUACCCAUUUUCCACCUCCACCCUGGAGUGCGUUUUAUCCGUCCAGAGUGUUGUUUUGAUGUGAGUUGCCCCGUUUUGAAAAAGCAGGCUGUAAAAAUGUCUGUCUUUGAUAUAAUAGAGCUAAAUUAAUGGAGUUAAAUGGCACAUUUUAGUGUGCUGGGCAGAUUGUUGUGUCCACACCAAUGACCUAGGCGAUUAAAAAAAUCCCGUAACACAGAAUGAUUUUUGUAGGAAUUAUUUUCUUUCUACUGUCCAUGUCCACCGAAAAAGGAGAGUGCAGCUAGCUGAUAUUACAUCUCAGCUGAGUGUGGGACACCAUUAAUGCUUAUGUCCUGCCGAGCUGUCGCCUACUUUUUGUAACAGGUGGAUGUAUGCUUUGUUCUGCAGAUCGAUAAACACAGCUGGUAUAGUUUUUACAGUUCUGAUCUCCAUAAAAAAAAGUGCCAUUUAGUUCUUUUAUAUUCAAGAGAGGGGUUAAUGCGUCUGUAGCUGAUUUCUCCAAACAGAGUGACUCACACCAAAGUAAUGUAAAAAACCCAAAACAACAACAACAAUGAUUUGGAGGUGAAUUUUCCCUUUAGUCAACAAGGCUUUUCCAGAGAGAGACUUUGCAUGUGAUUUGGGGUUUUUUACAUAAAUGAUUUGCCGUUUUGUUUAAGGUGGGGCAUAUUCGAAACGUAACAUUUAUCUGCUUCCGAAUGCAACCCGUCAUUCAAAGUAUGUGCAGUCAUAAAACUGUAAUAUUCUUUGGAUGAAUGAACACAAAAUAUUUGAGAACAAGCUGUUUAAGUAAGACCGCAUCCUGUCUAAAUAACGCACUUUUUAGCCAGUCUGCCCUCAUGAUGAAGCACUUGGUGGAUGAUCAGAGUGAGCUCUAAUGGAGGAUCUAUGAAAGAGAGUAAACAGAGCUUUACUCAGUGUAUACACUCUGGUGCUCUGCAGACAUCAGACCUCAUAAUGCACACACACAAGCGGACCGAAUGACCCUGACCCCGGAGCCUGCUUGCCCUCACUGGUCAAAUAAAUCUACGCGUGUGUAGAAGAAAUAUACACACGCAUUCUUACACAGCUGCAUGAGCUCUGGCAGUGCAGCUGAUAAGAAAAAGAGAUAAGAGAGUGGAGUGUUUGAAUGAAGGGGGGUCACGGGUCAGAGACUGAGGGCUUUUUCAUUCACCUGGAAUGAUACAGCAUUCCUUUGUUUCGACUUCUCCCUCCAGAAGAGGUUUUUGUGUCUGAAAAGAAGAUGCACAUGCAUGCUGUGUAAAAUGCUGCACUAUAAAGAGAAAGCACACUGACUAUUUGCAAUAAUUACCAUCUGUUUUACCAUUGGAAGUGUUAUGCAAUAGCAGCGUAUAAUCAAAUUAAAAGCAACUAACUGGGCGGUUCGAUUUUUAAUCGAAUCUCUACGGAGCCACAAAAGGUCUUUGAACCUUAUGAUGAAGGCAAAGCAGCCUGUUUAACUAUAAAUACUUUGGCUCUUCAUUUUCAUUAUUACAAUGUCAUGUUUUGUGGCAAUUAUAGGCCUAAAAUAACAAAAACUGAUACCUUUGUUAAUUUUAUCACCAAAUAGGUCCUUUUCUACGAUUCUUGAGCACCCACAGCACUUUAUACAACAUGCUUCAUUCACCAGUGCACCUUUUUUUCUAUGUCUAAAUUCUCUCUAACUCGAAUGAAGACUUCGGAGAGCAGCGUGGGGUUCAGUAUCUUGCCCACGGAUAGUUUGGCAUGCAGACUGGAGCAGUCACAGAUAAAACCACCAUCCAUCUGAUCACUAAAAAACAUGCUGUAACUCCUGAGCUACAACCACCAGCAAAACAGAACUACUGUGAAGUGGAAGAAAAAAUAUCUAUUUGCAUGUACAUUCCUACUUUGAAAUAGUAACUACAAAGCUGGUUGGGCUGGUCUGAUUGGCCACACAGAAGCCCUUCCUUAUGAGGUUUGCAUGUUCUCGCUGUAGGUGUGUGGUGUUACAUCAGGUACUCCAGCUUCCUCCCAGAGUUAAAAGACAUGUUAGGUUAACUGGUUAUUCUAAUUUGGCCACUGAUAUGAGGUAUAUGAAAUGUUUCAAGUGUACAGAGUAAACCCCUUAACAAAUGUAUGGUCAAAUGAUCAGCAAGGCCAGAAAAUUGCUAGACAUUUACAAGUCCUUAAAGCUAAUACCCUUCCUCUCAACCUCCGCACAUCUGAUUCCAUUGCACUGUUCAAAUCACGAUUAAAAACCCACUUAUUCAAUCUUGCCUUUCCCUCUAGUUAAUAUUUCUUUUAUGAUUUUAUAUCAUGCACUUUUAUGCUCAUUUAAAUUCUUGUUUGCUCUGUACCCCUUGCUUUCCUAUGUAUGAGUGACAGUUAUCUGCUUGCAUACUUAGUACUUGCUUUGGUCCUAUUUCUAUUAUCCUCCUCCUAUUCUCUAUCUUACUUGUUAAGCACCUUGGCAUACCCUUGGUUUUUAAGUGUGCUUUAUAAAUAAAGUUUAUUAUUAUUAUAAUAGCUGAAAUUUAAUUUUUACUCUGACAUGUACCAUUAAGACCUCAGCAUCAUUAGCAGUGAAAGAAAUCAGGCCACAAAAUGUCAAAUACUGAUUUCCUCCAUGAUGUCUUUGGGAUAUGAAAUCUAUAGUCAUGCAGUCUUGGACAUGACUAUCCAGAAAUGGAUAAUCUUGUGCAAGACUAUGCAUUUCUGUGUAUACAUCCACAGUAGCUACUGCCAUUAAGACACUGCAAAAUUAAUUGGAUCGGGCACCAGGUGAUAGGUGUAAACCAAGACAAUUAUGAAACAUUUAAAAAAUUUCAGAGUACCUCAGGUUACUGGCUGGUAAUUAAACAUUUACACUGCAUUGAAUGACUCGAGAAAGAAGAAAAUUGUGUUUGUAGAAAUUGUGUUUAUUUAUUUUUGAUCGGUUGUAGUGAUGACAAUUCUGCUCAACAUAUAAACAGUAUAAGAAAACAAAUCAUUACAGUCUACAGCGAAGUAGAUGCUCAGCCCAAAAAUCAUAUUCCUCACUUUCACUGUCUCACUGUCUUCCUUUGUAGGGAAGCAUGAAGUGGCGUUUCAUUGGCGUGGGCUCAGUGUUCCUUCCUUUUAUUCAACAGCUACUGUCAAGCUGCCACGCUCAGCUAGCUCGUACGUAAAUUAGGAUUUCUUAAUAACAAAAACAAACCAAAAAAGACUGAGAGAAAGGAAGUAAAGGCCACAAAGGUUGUAAUGGGAGAUAGAGCAAUUGUGUGUUUGGCUCAGUGAGGAAGAAAAGUGUCGACAGACGUGGCGUUCCUCCUGUCAGUCUGCUUGAGAAGAGCCAGGUGACUGCAGGGGAGAAGGUCAGAGGUUCUGCUGCUCUGUAAAUACUUCACAUGGUGCAGGAGCAUCUGAGGUCAAACAGCACAUCAGAAAGAGUCCUCUGUGGUGGUGACAGGAUUAAACUCGAGAGUCCCUGUGUAGGCAGUGUCUACCCCUAUUUCAAACCUAAGGAGAGAUGCAUUUUAAGGAUAAGCACUUGUUUACUGAUUCAUUAACAACGAUAAUUAUAUUGUAAUACUUUGUAUAAGCCCUUUCUGAGAGCGUUUAUUCACACAGUUGUUCACAAAUCAAUUCAAAUAUGAGUGCAAACAUAAUAUGUGAGAGAAAUAUUUGUAAAGGCUUAUAAGCAAACAUCAUACAUAUAUAAAUCCGCAAAUACAUUACCACGGUUACCUAAAUCAUUAAAGAUCCCAACAUUACCCUGGGAAUCCCAACAUAGAAAUAACAGUAAACACUGCAUCUAGACAGUGGCGCAUGGAAAUGAUAUGAACCUCUUGUAUAUAUGCUUAUUCUAAAUUUGUGGUUUAGAAUUGUCCAAAUAAUUUUUUUUCACAGCCUUGUAUUCCAAAAUAUUCAUAUUACAAAGGAGGGUUAUUCUUUACUGUAUUUUUUUUUUUUUAAUUUAAUUUAAU